CCCUCUUCUUCUGCUCCUCCUCUUACGUUAUAGGGCUAGGCAGUUUCAUUUCAUAAUACUUAUUUCUGUUACUUACUUUUAUGCCAAUAAAUUUCUCUUUUAUUUAACAAAUCUCUCCAAAUAUCACCUUGGCCCUUUUAUCAGCUUAACCUCUGCUUCUCAGCUCAAAAGGCUAGAGAAGACAGAUUCAAAAAAUUUAUACUAUGGGAAAGAACAAGUGGAGUAGGCAUGUAGAUCAUGAAGAUGAGGAUAUUCAUCCAGGUUGUAUGAUGGGAUUCAUACAUGCCCUUGGCUACAAUAGUUGGCACUCUCGCGUAAAGAGGAAAUCUCUCCCGCGUAUAAAUGAUGGAAGCAGUCAUAUCAGAAGUAUUUAUUCUUCCAAAGACAAAUUGGUUGGCGAAGAUCCUAGUGAACUAGAAAUGCUUUUAGAUGAUAAUGAAAGUCAGUUUUUGGUUGAUAAGGGAACUAGAAAAUCAAAGGGGUCUAACAAAAGGUCUCUAAAAGCUAAAAUAAAAGAUUUGAUUGCUGAGGAGAUGCAUAAGGAAAAAAAGAAGUCCAAGAAGAAGAAAUCAGGCUCUUCUGAUCAACCUAAGCUCCAGAGAACUUGUUCAGUUGAACACAGUGAAAAGAAACAUCCUAGUAUUUUGGUUCCCGCGAAUGUGGAGGGUGAAGAAUCACCAGAUAAGAAACGGAUGAAUGCCAUCGAUGCAUAUGAUACUUCCAUUGAUAAGAAUGCUCUAAAAUCUCAGCUUAAAGAUCAUGCUGAGUUGCUUUUGGAAAUUUUGAGGGAAUCAGAAGCAGGAUAUCAGAAUUUAUCCCGGGGUCAGCUGGUUUCAAAUAAAAAGGCUAGAUUAACAAAGUCAGGAUCAUACCCUGUGUCUCAUUUGUCGCGGAAAACAAACUUCAAACCAAUUAAGCUUGAGGACAAGAAGAAAGAAGUUUGGUCUUCUGCUAAAGGAGAAAGAUUGAUAGGUGUUACUCGAACGAGAUCUUUGUCUAAUUAUGCAAAGACUCUCUUCACAAGUUUAGGCCUCCUGGAUGAUGAUGGUAGAAACUUGAAGCUAGACAAGUUGUCGAGCCUUAGUACCAAGGGAGCAGUUGAUAAUAGAGAAAAGAAUGAAGAGCUCGUCGGUGUAGAAGAUGUAAAUAAGGCAGGCACAGACCAUCAGAACAAGUCAAAUGGAUAUUGUGAGAUUGAUGGAUUUGACAUUAGUAAAAAUACAAUCAUGCACAAGAGAAGUUCCUCUCUAAACGAGUUCAUGAAUCGAUAUACUAAAUUAUUUGAACAUAGUUUUAAGAAGGAAAUGAACUUGUAUCCCUCCAAGAGUUUGAAAUUGACUAGUGAAUACGAGAUACCACCAUCAAUGUCAUUCAGAAGGAUCCGUUCUCUAUCUUCCUCUGAGUCUUGUUCUCUUCUUCCUAACGGGGUGGCUGGUGAUAUCCAUUUUUCAGAAUGGCUUGUUAAGACCGUAGAGGAGAGGAACUCACAUAUGAGAGGUGAAAUUGAGAAAGAAGAGAAAUCGAUAUACGCCACUGAAGAGACUGGAUACAAAAUUGAACAAGUAGAAGGAAGUGAGGAUAUUAAGAUAUAUGAAGCAGAUAAUGGAGUAGUCGAAGAUCUUUCAGAGAUCAUCGAUGAGGUAAAGAUGCUCAAAGGAAACUCUUAUGAUGAACAAGAGAUAAAAUGCAACGAACCAAUCCCAAUUGAUGUGGUUCCAAAUUCAGAAAUUUGUUUUAAAGAAGACAUUUCCAGCUAUGCAGAGUUCCAAAUUUCAGAAGGUUUUGAUCCUAAACAGAAUGUUGAUGUCGAUAUUCAAGCAAAAGCAGAUCAUCAUGACAAAUCUUACAGAAAGGAAAACGCGGACUUGUUUUAUGUGAGGGAUGUUCUUGAUCAUUCAGGUUUCUCUAGAAAUUUCUUCAAGACAGCAUGGUACUCAGAAGUCCAAGUGUUAAACCCUUCAUUAGUUAGAGAACUCGAGUCCUUGUGGCAUGAAGAAGAAGAAGAAUGUUGUCUAGGGGAAUUUGACUUCUGCUGUCAUCAUCAUCUACUAUUUGAUUUGGUCAAUGAGGUUUUAGUCCAAAUGUAUGACAAAUCAUUCACAUACUACCCUAAGGCCUUAUCCUAUAGUUGUCGCGUUGCUCAAUUGCUAGAAAAUCGAAUGAAUGAAGAGGUAUGCAACAAUGUCGGUACGUUGUUGAGGUUGAAACCGGAGCAAGAAUCAAUCGACACCAUUGUGGAUCAAGAUUUGAAAAUGGAUGAUGGUUGGAUGAAUCUUCAGUUAGAAAGUGAAUGUUUAGCACUUGAACUAGAGGACAUGAUUUUUAAUGAUCUUUUGGAAGAACUUAGAUGUUUUUGAGUAUGCAGAGUUGAUUGUUUUUUUUUCUCUUGAUUAAUUUAUAUGUAUGAAUUUUGGUUUUGCU